UGUCAAACAAAAAAAAAAGGAACUCGCGACUCCCAGCCCUCGCCACGCCGCCGCCCCGAACCGAUGGACAUCCGCCGCGCGCCGCCGUCGCGCGCCGCGUCGGGCGGGGUGGAGCCGCGGUUCCGGCAGGUGGGAUUCGUCACGGCCGCCGAGCCCGCGAGGGGGCCCGUGGCGCCCGCGGCCGCGUCGCCGACCGCGUCCGACGGCCUCUCCCCCGUCAUGAUCCCGCCCCCGCUCAUCCCCGCCCCCGCCCCCGCGUCUGAGUCGCUCAUGCCUUCGUCCCCGCCCCCGGCCUCCUCGUAUCUCCUCGAGGUGGUCUCCGACCUUGACGACUACGCCGACGACGACGACAUCGACGUGUCCUGGGCGCGCCCACCCCCGCCCGCCUUGCCAGAAGCAAACAAGAGAGAUCUUACUGAAACAAAGAAUGAACAUGCUCCAACUCCAGUUUCACAGAAACCAAAGCUUUCUAAAGCAGAGAGACGUGCCAUUCAGGAGUCUCAGCGCGCUGCCAAAGCUGCUGCCAAGGAGGCAGGUUUAAAACCAACAGCCAUGGCUUCUGAUGCUAGCACCAAAAUAUCAAAGCAACCCAAGACAGCAAAGACAUCUCUAAAGAAAGAUGUGAACCAAGUUAACCCUCCAGUUGCUACUGAUAAGAAGACUGGUGAACGCCCACCCGACAAAGAUAGAAAAAAAGAUGUUCCUCAACCCCGUAUGCAAUUUGAUGAUGCACAUCGAGUGGUGAAAGCAAAGAAGCGUUCAGUUGUUAACCAAUCAGAAGCUCGAAACAGGGUCGAACUGUUCAGACAUCUGCCUCAAUAUGCACAUGGCACUCAACUUCCUGACCUUGAGUCAAAAUUUCUUCAACCUGAUCUAAUGCAUCCUUCUGUGUACAAGGUUGGACUUCAAUAUUUGUCUGGUGACAUAUCCGGUGGCAAUGCUCGCUGUAUAGCAAUGCUACUUGCAUUCAGAGAGGCAAUAAAUGAUUACUCCACGCCUGCUGAGAAAAUUCUGAAUAGGGAUCUUACUGCUAAAAUCAGUAGCUAUGUGUCAUUUCUCAUUGACUGCAGGCCUCUUUCAAUCAGCAUGGGCAACGCUAUUAGAUUUUUGAAGAACAGGAUUACCAAGCUACCACUUGCAUUGUCAGAGUCAGAAGCUAAAGUUAGUCUUCAAUCUGACAUUGAUCGCUUUAUAAAUGAGAAGAUAAUAGUUGCAGAUAAGGUCAUUGUUAGUCAUGCUGUCACGAAAAUCAGAGAUGACGAUGUCCUAUUGACAUUUGGGUCAGCCUCUGUUGUUGAAAUGAUUUUUGACCAUGCUCAUGAACUUGGAAAGAAAUUCCGUGUUGUGGUGGUAGAUUCUCGUCCAAACCAUGAGGGACAAAUAUUGUUGCGCCAAUUAGUUGCAAAGGGUAUCAGUUGCACAUACACACACAUAAAUGCUGUAUCAUACAUCAUGCAUGAGGUUACAAGAGUGUUUUUGGGUGCCUCUUCAGUACUAUCAAAUGGUACUGUCUACUCCAGAGUUGGGACAGCUUUGGUUGCUAUGGUUGCACAUGCUUUUGGAGUUCCUGUUCUAGUGUGCUGUGAGGCAUACAAGUUUCAUGAGAGGGUUCAACUUGAUUCUAUAUGCUUUAAUGAACUUGGUGACCCAGAUGCUAUUUCAAGAGUUCCUAGGGAUGCAAGUUUGAGCCAUCUCAAAAACUGGGCUGAGAACGAAAAUCUUCAUCUUCUGAAUCUUAAGUAUGAUAUCACCCCUUCUGAUUAUGUUUCAAUGCUCAUAACAGAUUAUGGAAUGCUCCCACCUACUAGUGUACCAGUCAUUGUAAGAGAGUACCGCAGGGAGCACGUUUGGAUAUAGAAGCCACUGUUUUCCUUGUUUAGUUUGAGGCAAAAGGAUCUACCGAAAGUUUGCUGGCACCUGAAAUGGCACCUACACUACACAGGCAAAAGGAUCUACCGAAAGUUUUGGAGGCCCCUUUGGGAUUCGGAUGUUCAACAUGGAAUUGCUUUUCCCCAGCCCAGCCCUCUUUUGAAGGAAAGCUAUGCGUCCGCGUCUCUGCUUUUUCUGGUGCCGCCUGUCCGGGUCACAGCGUCAGUUCACAGGACAGGCAGGACCACAUCACUCUGCUUCUCUUGGCUGGAUGCUGGGGUAGUUCAGUGUACUGUGGAGUUCGUGAUUGGGCAGCUGUGCCACCAAGCAGCAGCGACUCGUCAACAAGAGGACAACCCUUGGGGAAUGAGCCAAAUUUGCUACUAGAGCCAAAUAAGCUUUUUAUUCAUUUUUCCUUACUUUGAGACCAAUAUUGAUUCUAAUCUAGGAAAUAGGAAAUUGCAAAAACACACCUGCAAACCAGAGGGCUUCCAAAGAGCCAUCUGCACUUUGAUUUCUCCCUGUCCAAAGGUUUGUUUGGCACGACUUCAUCUCGCUUCAACUCCUUCUGGACGUCGACCAAGCCACAUCACCUCUAACUUGUCGAAACCGGAACUGGAGCGAGCUCCUAGAACUAUGAGCCUUCUCAAAUAAAGGGGCCAUAACUUUGAAAGUUUUAUGUGUUUUCAAA